UUAAUGACAUAUCAAACAAUGAACUUCAAUUCACCUCCCAAAGAAUCGAACAUGACAAGUAGCUGUUGUUGAUGACUUCUUGGUGAGAAAUUUCAGAGUUAUGGAGGAAGAAGAAGGAGGGGGGAUUGAAGAGAGCGUUUACAAAUUGGCGGGUAGUAGUGUUGGUGGGGAUUCGAGGUGGGUUGAUGGCAGUGAAGUGGACUCAGAAUCUCCCCCGUGGUCACUUCUUGAUGAGAAUGAACCAAUCAGAGAAGGGUAUGGGUCUGGAUCUGUUAGAAGAAGGCUUAUCAAGAAGCCCAAGAGACUUGAUUCCUUUGAUGUUGAAGCCAUGGAGAUAUCUGGCUCUCAUGGACACAAUUCCAAGGAUGUUUCCAUGUGGCAAACUUUUGCUCUGGCAUUUCAAACACUCGGUGUCGUGUAUGGUGACAUGGGCACAAGUCCUUUAUAUGUCUUUUCUGAUGUAUUCAGCAAGGUGCCCAUCACGUCAGAUGUUGAUGUAUUGGGGGCACUGUCACUAGUAAUGUACACAAUUGCUUUGUUACCUUUAGCAAAAUACGUUUUUAUUGUGCUGAAAGCUAACGAUAAUGGGGAAGGUGGAACAUUCGCGCUAUACUCACUCAUCUGCAGGUAUGCAGAUGUUAAUAUGCUGCCAAAUCGUCAGCAGGCUGAUGAAAUGAUCUCCAGUUUUAGGCUCAAGCUGCCCACUCCAGAGUUGGAAAGGGCUUUGAAUAUAAAAGAAACCUUGGAAAAAAAGUCCUCCCUGAAAACCCUUCUAUUACUCUUGGUUCUGAUGGGAACUUCCAUGAUUAUAGGGGAUGGUAUUCUAACCCCAGCAAUAUCAGUCAUGUCUGCUGUGAGUGGUCUGCAGGGAGAAAUUCCAGGGUUUGGUACAAAUGCUUUAGUGAUCGUCUCAGUUGUUAUCCUUGUUGGGUUGUUUAGUAUACAACGAUUUGGGACUGGUAAAGUGGGCUUCAUGUUUGCUCCUGCACUUGCUUUGUGGUUCUUUAGUCUGGGAUCAAUUGGAAUUUACAACCUAAUUAAGCAUGAUAUUAGUGUUCUAAGGGCCUUCAAUCCAGCUUAUAUCUAUUUUUUCUUCAAGAAGAACACUAGACAGGCAUGGUCAGCUCUUGGUGGUUGUGUUUUGUGCAUUACAGGUGCAGAAGCAAUGUUUGCUGAUUUAGGCCAUUUCUCAGUACCAGCCAUACAGAUUGCCUUCAGCUUUGUGGUGUUCCCCUGCCUUCUCUUGGCUUACCUGGGUCAAGCUGCAUAUCUAAUGAAAUACCCUGAAUUAUCAGAUUCAAUAUUUUAUAGUUCUAUCCCAGAUGGUUUUUUCUGGCCAAUUUUUGUGCUAGCCACAAUUGCUGCUGUGAUUGCCAGUCAGGCCAUGAUAUCUGCUUCAUUUUCUUGUGUCAAGCAAUCCAUGGCUCUUGGAUGCUUUCCAAGGCUGAAGAUAGUUCACACUUCAAGGAGACUGAUGGGACAAAUUUACAUCCCUGUCAUCAAUUGGUUUCUAAUGUUCAUGUGCGUCGUCGUGGUCGCUAGCUUCAGGAGCACCACAGACAUAGCCAAUGCAUAUGGCAUAGCCGAAGUUGGUGUAAUGAUGGUCAGCACUACAUUGGUGACACUUGUCAUGCUUCUGAUUUGGCAGACCAACUUAUUUGCAGCUCUGUGUUUCCCUCUUGUAUUUGGAAGUAUAGAGCUCCUCUACAUGUCUGCAGUUCUAACAAAAAUCAAAGAGGGUGGUUGGCUUCCUCUUGUUUUUGCUACCUGCUUCCUCUGUGUGAUGUACAUUUGGAACUAUGGCAGUGUGUUGAAGUACCGGAGUCAGGUGAGAGAGAAGAUUUCGAUGGAUUUCAUGCUUGAUCUCGGCUCCACCCUCGGGACUGUAAGAGUACCGGGAAUUGGGUUAUUAUACAACGAGCUCGUCCAUGGAAUUCCUUCCAUUUUUGGGCAGUUCCUAUUGGACCUUCCAGCCAUCCACUCUACAAUAGUAUUUGUUUGCAUCAAAUAUGUCCCAGUCCCAGUUGUCCCCCAAGAAGAAAGGUUUCUAUUUCGAAGAGUUUGCCCUAAAGACUAUCACAUAUUCCGGUGUAUCGCCCGGUAUGGAUACAAAGAUGUGCGGAAGGAAGAUCACCGUGCAUUCGAGCAGCUUCUAGUUGAAAGCCUUGAAAAGUUCUUGAGAAGGGAGGCUCAAGAUCUUGCCUUGGAGAGCAAUUUGACUGAAAUGGAGUUUGAUAGCGUUUCCGUGAGGUCAAGGGACUCCGGAGUCGCGGGAGGUUAUGGGACGGAGGAGCUUAGGAUUCCAUUGAUGCAAGAUCAAAGAUUAGAUGAAGCUGGAACUUCUACGUCAGAAGGCUCAGUAUUGCCUUCUAGUGUUAUGUCAGCAGAUGAGGAUCCUAGCCUUGAAUACGAGCUUUCAGCUCUUCGGGAAGCCAUUGAACAUGGAUUUACUUAUUUGCUUGGGCAUGGUGAUGUGAGGGCAAAGAAAAAUUCUUGGUUUUUCAAGAAACUAGUUAUAAACUAUUUCUAUGCAUUCCUGAGGAGGAACUGCAGAGGUGGUGCUGCAACUAUGAGGGUUCCUCACAUGAAUAUAAUGCAAGUUGGGAUAACACACAUGGUUUGAUCUACUCCUCACACCUUAAAUUUAGUGGAAGACGUCAAUUUUCAGAAGCUCAACAAACCAUUAUCCCCUUAUUUUCAAUUAGUUUGGAUAGGAUUCGCAUCAGGGGUUGUGAUUGUUGUUAAAUCAUAGACCACCAAUUAUUUGCUCACAACCUUUGCCUGUAUUCUUUGACAUUGUUGUAGUCUUAGUUUUUAAUUUGAAUGCCAUAAUUCCUCA